GAAGGAACACACAAAACACCCGGGAGAGGGACGAGUAGUGUCUAGGUCACAGAUGAGCAAAGUGUCUUUUCCUGCCUUGUCCCGCGUGGCUGUGUGUGGUGGUACCCAUGGCAACGAGCUCUCGGGUGUGUACCUGGUGCGGGAGUACUUGAGGAGGAAGCAUAACCAACGCAAUGCCCAGGAGUCCUUUACCUUGAUGAUGGUGAUGUCAAAUCCGCGCGCCGUUCAACAGUGUCGUCGCUACACCGAGACAGACUUGAACCGUUGCUUCACUCGAGCCACUCUCAGUACUCCCAUCUCCGAUAAGACACCAUAUGAGAUUGUGCGUUCCCAGGAGCUCAAUGGCUUGUUGGGGCCCAAGGGAAGCCCUGAAGCUAUGGAUCUGGUGUGCGACCUGCACAACACGACGGCCAACAUGGGCCUGUGCUUCAUCAGCUUCUCUGACAGCGAUUGGAUCUGCCUACACAUCUACAGACACCUCCAGAGAGAGCUGGCCACCAUACCUGUACGAUACAUACACUUUGACACACCAAAGAAUGAAGCUUACUCUUUAGAAUCAGUGGGAAAACAUGGCUUCGCGAUGGAGAUUGGCCCACAGCCCCAUGGUUCUGUCAGGUCCAACAUUUUUGUUGCUAUACAAGAGGGAGUAGAGCAAAUGCUGGAAUGGAUCCACCUCUUUAACUCAGGGACUCAGUUUGAGGGAGGGUCCGUGGAAGUGUUCACGCUGGUUAAGAACAUUGACUACCCACGGGACCCUGAGACACGUGCCAUCACUGCUGCUAUUCAUCCAGAUCUUCAGGACCGUGACUUUUGCCUGCUUCACCCUGGCGAUCCUUUAUUCCUCUCUUUCUCUGGGGAGACACUGCGUUACAAAGGGAAAGAGCCACUCUAUCCGUUUUUCGUUAACGAGUGUGCUUACUAUGAGAAGGGCAUCGCUCUCUCUCUGGCUCGCAGAAGGAGAGUCGUCAUUCCAUCCAUCCAGUGCGACAGAGACCGAUAGUCAAGAAGGAUGGGGACUCGACAAUGGGACACUUUCCACACUGGGGAUAAAGGGGUCAAAG